AUGUCGUUAAAUUGGGAAAUCAGACAGCAAAUAGUGUUCGGAGCAGCGAAAGCAGUAACGUCAAUUCAGAGUCGAGGUCUUCUCUGCGGGGUGCUAAAAUCAUCUAACUUUCUAAUACAAAGCGACUUCUCACCUCGUCUUUCCAGCUAUGAAACAUCGUAUCUUAUCUCUACUUCCAUGAUUAUUAGAAGAAACUGUGGUCGAAUGGUGCCUAAAUUAAAACGAACACAAAGUAUUUCAAAGUCCUUCAGUCACACAUCGGAUGUUUACAGUUUUGGGAUUUUGAUAUUGGAGAUUAUCACCGGAAAGAAACCUUCGGUGACUAAUUUAGGGCAGUAUGUAAUGGAGAAAAGAAAGAGAGAAGGGUUGAAAGGUGUUCCCGAUAGACGAAUGUUUGGUGUUGAAGAAAAUAUUUCCGCCUCCAGCAUGAUUAUGAUCGUGGAGAAAAAACGAGAAAGGAACAAGGGUUUAUCGAUUAGGGUUCUUUAUAGAAGAUUGAAAAGGGAUAAUGACGACUCCAUGUGAUAAGGUCUCGUUCGUCGUAAUGGUGAUGAAUAAUCACCUUGCCGACCACUCUGUUAUAUCACCACCCAUAAACUGAAUCCCAAUUUACCGAUUUUAUGCUUUUUAUCUGUUUGUUGAAUUUCAAUUUUUGUUGGCAAGUGAUUAAGAAAAUCUUACAAAAUGACAAGCAUAUGUCUGAAUUUAUUCAUGUUGUAAUUCUUAUAUAUGAUGCCUUGUAUUCUUAUUGAUUUUCCUUGUUUAAUGUUUUAUUUACAAAUGUUCAUUGUGUUAUUGUUUGGUAUUUGUUGCAUCUCAAGAGGGUAUUUGUGUGAAGAAAAGCAAUUGGUAUUCAAGACGCCUAUUUAAGAAAGUGUUCGUGUUAAGCAUAUCAUCAGAGCAGAUAUUCAAGAUACAUAUUUUAUAUGUUUUGUGUAAAUGUGAGGUUUUGUGAAAGCUGUUGAUAUGAAUUUUGUUUCAUUAAUUACAAUUACCCUUGUAUUGUGAAUUUUGAACCCUUUUGUAACUUGUUUGUCAUUGGGGCAAAUGUCUUCUAAAAGGUUUAUAUAGGCAUAUGGUAAAGAAUUAUAUUUGUACAUGUGCUUUAACUUCUCUAUGUAUCUCCAAAUAAACAAAUUUAAUAUUUUGAUUCAACUUUAGAAGAGACUACGGAUCAAAGAACAUGUACAUAACUUGUUGUGUUGAGAUGGGAAUACAAUGUGUAUGUCUGCCUGUGAAUCUAGGCAUUCUUUAUACAGAAAAUUACAGAAUUUUGAUUA